UCUCAACUACUCCACAUGCUUCCGCCGAACACACAUUUUUACCUCUGACAGCUCUGCUGGGCUGCUGUUCACACUGUGACUCCAGCAGAUUCUUCACUGACACUUUUUUGGACUGGUGGAGGAGCACUUCACAGCUAGCUGUUGCUGUUAGCCCCUUGCUAUACUUCUUGCAAGAGCAGGGUUGACGUUCCUGGAUAGGUAAGCCUCCUCUCAUCAAUAUUCUGUGUAAAUGUGUUUGUUUUGGUGUAUGAGGUCACUGUUUGUAUCCCCACAGAUAAUACGAUGAGUCUGAUGAGUAGUGUCAUAGUGUGCCUGGGUGUGUUUGGGGCAGUAAGGCUACUCUGUCUCCCCUGGCUCUGCAGUCUGUUGGCAGGGCUGGGGCUCUGCUUUUUCUGGAGGGGUUCCUGGAAGUCUGUACAUGUAGCUCUAUGUACCAUCAAAAGAGACCUAAUGUGUCUUGUUGUUAUCCUGCGAGUGAGGUUUUCCAUGUACUGUAAUCUGCGAAAUAGACGUACCAUCCCUGCCCUCUUUGUUCAGAUAGCAACAAAGCACCCCAACAAACCUGCUUUAAUCUAUGAGGCUACAGGAGAGGUUUGGAGUUUCAUGGAGCUGCAGGAGCGAUGCCAUGCUGUGGCUCACUGGGCACUGGCACAGGGAUGGGCAGAGGGAGAUGUGGUGGCCUUGUACAUGGAAAGCAAGCCGUUAGUGGUGGCUCUGUGGCUGGGCCUUGCUAUGAUUGGUGUGGAGGCUGCACUAAUCAACAACAACCUUCGACAGAAAUCGUUACUGCAUUGUGUCAGUGUGUCUGGUGCUCGGGCAAUGGUGUUUGGGACAGAAAUGAGAGAAGCGGUGUCAGAGGUGAGUGGCUCUCUGCAGUCCGACAUGGUUUUGUUCAGCAGUGGUGAGCAGGACGGUGAAGAGAAGCUCUGCGGCCUGCAUGUGCAUAGCCUGGACACCCUGCUGGACCACUCACCCAAACACCCACCACACUACACACCUAGGAAGGAAUUCAAUGACAAACUUUUCUACAUCUACACCUCUGGUACAACAGGAAUGCCAAAAGCAGCUGUGGUGGUACACAGUCGGUAUUACCGGAUCGCCUCCUUUGGUUUCCACUCCUUUGGCUUGCAUCAUGAUGACAUCUUCUACAACUGUCUGCCCCUGUAUCAUUCUGCAGGUACCAUCAUGGGUGUAGGCCAGUGUUUGCUGUUUGGUUUGACUGUUGUAGUCAGGAGGAAGUUCUCAGCCAGCUGCUUCUGGGAUGACUGUGUCAAGCACAACUGCACUGUUUUUCUAUACAUAGGUGAGAUUUGUCGUUACCUGUUGGCCCAACCUGUUUGCUCAUCUGAGGCACAUCACCAGGUGCGCAUUGCCAUUGGUAACGGCCUCCGUCCCUCAGUGUGGGAAGAGUUUGUCCGGAGAUUCAGAAUACAUCGAGUUGGGGAGUUUUAUGGUGCCACUGAGUGCAACUGCAGCCUGAUCAAUAUAGACGGAAAGGUGGGGGCGUGUGGCUUCAAUAGUCGCAUCCUGCCCAGUUUUUACCCCAUCAGACUGGUCAGGGUGCAGGAGGAGACCGGAGAGCUGCUCAGGGAUUCACAGGGACUGUGUAUACCCUGUUUGCCUGGUGAGCCAGGUAUGCUCGUGGGACGCAUCAACCACACCGAUCCGCUCAGGAGAUUUGAUGGUUACGUUGAUCGAGAUGCUACCAGUAAGAAAAUAGCUCACAACGUCUUCAAGAUGGGAGACUCUGUUUAUGUCUCAGGUGACAUACUGGUGAUGGAUGAAUAUGGCUACAUUUAUUUCAGGGACCGCAGUGGCGACACGUUUCGUUGGCGGGGGGAGAACGUUUCCACCACAGAGGUGGAGGGAGUCCUCAGCAGCCUGCUGGGACACACUGAUGUAGCUGUCUAUGGAGUCUCUUUACCAGGUGUAGAGGGAAAGGCUGGAAUGGCAGCUGUAGCUCACACAGGAGGCCAGUUUGACCUCACUGCAUUCUUGAACGCUGUACAGAAAGCGCUGCCUCCCUACGCACGUCCCGUCUUCCUUCGACUCAUGCCAUCUGUUGACACUACAGGUACUUUCAAAAUUCAAAAGACACGACUGCGGAGGGACGGAUACAAACCACAAGAUUCAAGUGAAAAGAUUUAUUUUCUGAACAGUCGUGCUGGAUGUUACGAGGCUGUUACUGAUGAACUGUAUAAUGCCAUCAUGGAGGGCAGAGUGUGUCUAUGAGGCAGCGGGAGGCUGAAACGUACAGACUGUGAGGAUGGUGUGUAUAUUUCAAAGAGGAAAGAGAAAGAAAACACAAAGAUGCAUCUCCAUGGAUUUAGUAACAACCUCAUCCCUAUGAAAACUCAUGUGGAAAUAUUAUAUCGUCAUUUUCAGUUGAAUACACUCAUUUAUUCCAAGUCUUUUUAAUUUUUAAUUUUUAAUUUAAUUUUAUUUUUAAAGCAAAUUCAGCAUAGGCCCAUUUUUCUUACAUUGUACACUAUUUUACCUUUUGUCAGUGUCUUUCCAGUCCAGUAAAAUUCUUUUUUUAAAAAAAAAAAAAAAAAAAAGAUGAAAUCUUGAGAAAACAUUAAGAGUUUUACACCAGUAAUCUCCAUCUGAAAAUAAAAUAAACACAGGAUAAAAUGCGGAUUGCAAUUUGAAGUACAACUCAAGUUAUUAGUCUCUGUGAUGUCCGUCUCUCUGAUCACUGUCCAAGUCUAGCAUGUUAGCUUGGCACAUGUUAGUGGAAGUGGAAGAUCGUUUUCUAAAUUUAACCAGUUUAGUUUUGUUGCCUAAACUUAAACAAUUUGCGACAGAAGACACAAAUAAGUCAAUUUAAGUCAACCUGUUCAUCCACCACACCCUCCUCCCUUCAUUAUGGAGGCUAUUUUUAUUUUUUUUUAGGUUUUUCACAAGGAUGAUAAACCAGUGUUGGGAUAGGCUCCAGCUCCCCCGCGACCCUGACGGAUAAGCGGUAUAGAAAAUGGAUGGAUGGAUGGAUAAACCAGAUGAUGAACAUGUUUCAUCUGAGUUUGUUUGUGACUGGCAGAUUGAUUGAUGAUGAUUUUUUCAGUUUUCAGUUCAGUGACACAUGGUAGGUCACACUGAACCUGCUGCUCUGUUUUUUGACAGCAGGUCUGCUGCCUUUUGUCUUUUCCUUUCCGGUGGGAUUUGUUUGAUUGAGCUGGUCAUUUGCAGUGCAUCUCUGAGGUUUGCUUCUCUUCUCCUCUCUCAUGGAACUAAUUGCUGAGUUUUUGUCUUCCGUCAGAUGUCCGCGUUUGUUAUCUUGUUUUGUUGUUCUUGGUCAAUCCACUGUUAAUGUCUCCCCCAUUGAAAGAUUUUGCUUUACAUCACCUGAUUAUCACAGAGACGUAAGCUGACCCCACACUGAUACACUCUCAAAGUUUGAGUACACCUUGUCAAUAAGGCAGUGUCCAGAAGAGAAAAGAUGUGUCUCAGCAUCAGUGCUCAUGAAUGCUAGCGUCCCUUCAUCAAAGUCCAGUCUCACACAGACCCUGCUAAAGUGGUGAGUUAUCGAUAUUUAGUCCUUGAGAGGGAGUGGUCAGUGUGGAUGUCAUAUUGUUAGCUUUCUAAAGUUACAGAAAUUGUUAGAUUUUACAAAAAACAAGGACCCCCAAAAAGCAGAAGCAAAAACAAAAGAACAAAAUUUAACUCAAUCUUUAUUUAAGUCCAAAACUGUACAAACUAUUUACAUUAAAAAAAUCAACAUAUACUUCUUAGCUCAUUCACUGUACAUAAUAAGUAUCACUUUUGAUACUUAAAGUGCAUUUUCUUUAUAUUACUUAGGUACUUUUACUCAGCACUGACUAAAUCAACAAACUAACAGUUUAUUAGCAUAUGUGUUUUAUCAUCAUCACGUUUUAUGUGUUUUUUGUCAUAUCAUCACAGACACUUAACCCAUCAGUGCUUGAGAUUAUUCUUAGUAUUUUUAUGAGUUUGUCUGUGUGGAUCAAAUUUUAUAUCUUAUGAGAUCUAAAUAUGCAUUUUUUACAUGAUGAUAGCAACAGUAAUCACCAGCCUAGUUUCAGCUUGGUGCCUCUUUAAAAAUCACUCUAAAUUUUGCCUGUAUAAACUAAUCUUGGAUUAACACAAGGCAGCAUCUGUGUGUGCAGGAACAGGAGUUGAAAAAAAUGCCUGACUGCCUGCUUGUUUACAUAUCUGCAGUGGAUACACAAAGCACGUUAAUGAAAAAGUAUGAAACGGUCUUGAAACGGCACUCCUUAGUCUCAGCAAGGUUCAAAUCUUUGUUUAGAGCUUUGCUGCUCUUUGAUUUCUUUGUGCUCCUGUUUGGUUUGGCUUUGUAGCAGCAGGACUUCAAAACCAUCAUUCAUGUACUUUUUUUGGCAAUCAUCUGUCCUGCUGAAAUGUCCUUGAGGAAAACAGGGAACUCCUGCCAGCUGCUGUGCACUCAGUCCUUCAGCAUGAUGCUGUAGAGCUCUCAGUAGAGGAAUAAAUAGGCCUGUUUUACUAAAGUGGUUCCCUCAAAGCAAGUGUAAGUGUAAUCUCUGGAUUCACAAGAUGAUUAAUUUGACAAGAAAGAAUAUAACCACCUGCACAAAAUAUCUUCACAUCUGCUCUUUAAUAAUUCUUAUAGUAUUUGUUUUUAUUUGCGGAAUACAGAAACUUUUAGUCAAUGAGACCUCUAAACAUAAUCAAAUGAAAUAGUUUGAGAGGGAAAACCACUUUGUUUGGACUGGACAAAUAAACACAUGAUGGGGACCACUUGAGGAAGAUCCACUGUUUAAAGGGGACACAAGCCAAAACAUUUGAUGGAUGGAUGGAUGGAUGGAUGGAUGGACAAGCCAAAAGGGUUAUGAACCAGUCUUUCACUGAAGCAAAAAUAGCAAAAACCUGUAAUUAUUUGUAUACUUUGCAACAACAUAUGUACUUUUAAUUUAGGAAUGAUUUAAGGGUUGAAUUGGAGAGGGAAAAUAAAUGGUUAUCUGUUUACAUUGAUUUAACAUUAUUAUUAUUGUCUCAUGGGCUCAAAUAUGUACAUAGUUUAUAGCUGAAUGUUUUCAGUGCAGUUCAAAUGUUCUGCAGUCGGAGUUGCAGGGCCUUAUUCCUACCUUGCAGUAGUUGCAGCCUCGGUGUCCAGCAUGGCUCACAGCUUCACCUUGUUUUCAUAAAGGCUCCAGGUCAUCCAAACAGACCAUAGACAGAUACCAUGUUCCUCUCACUGCUCUGGAGAGUCAGCUGACCAGGGAGGCAAGGCGAGGCCUUCUGCCUCUGCUCCAGUAAGGGAGACAAGGAGAAAGGAUUGGCAGCUCAUUGCGGUCGGAGCCUCCAGAUUUGAAGCCAGUUUGGUUUGUGUGAGAAAGAAGCAGAGAACACCAGAGAGGACACAAAAAAGAGGGGAGGGGCAGUGUGUUCAUGUGUGUUGGUAUCAGUGUCCUGUGUGCAGUUGCCAUACAUCAGUCUGGACGUGAGGCAUGGUUUGUGCAGAUUGGUGCUCUACUGUGUACAGAUCUGCUCACACACUCCCUCUCAAACUUUAAACUUUGCCUACACUAGAUGAAGCUAUACAUCACUCUGUAGUGUCAGUUUGACUUUCACAACCCUGUGAUUAAUGGUCUAUUCUCACAGCCCAAGGCUAAAUUCAUGCCUUUACUUGUGUACUUUACUAUUUCUCUCCAUAGAGGUGUUGAACUGCUUACAUGCAAUUUCGUUUUUUUACAAGCAAAACUAAUGU